AUGUCAUCAGAAAUACGGAACUCGAAGGCCCCGUUGUCCGCUAUUCGCCGUCUCGCCUACUUAUCAACAGCAGCACGGCUGCCCGGGGCACUCGUUCACAGUGCCCCAAACACCUUGACAAUACGCAACAGAGAAGAUCAUGCACGCAGACGCCGUAUCCUGAGUCUUGCCUUCUCUGAUGCACAAUUGCGCGCCUAUGAAGCUAUCCUCCUCCGUCACAUCGACACGCUUUGUCUCAAUUUGUCUGACAAUGCAAAGUCUCAGGCAUCGAGCUCUGGGUCUGAGGCACUGGACAUGUCUCACCAGUGUGACUACUUCACCUUCGAUAUCAUGUCAGAGGUCAUCUUCGGUAUGAAAUACAACGCCCUCAGAGAGCCAAAGUACCGCUUUGUUAUGUCAGCCUUAGAGGCAUCCAACGUCCGUAUCAGUGCCUUGGUCCAAGCUUCGAGUCUUGCGCUUGGAAGGAUCGACAAGUAUCUGUUCGCCGAUUCCAUCAAGUCCAGGAACAAGUUCCUCGGGUUCCUUGGUUCUCUCCUGAAAAGCAGGGCGAAGGCUUCGUUCUCUGACAAUGGCAAUGUCUUCUCAUAUCUUGAAACUGCCAAGGACCCGGACGGCGAGUCAACACUCAGCAAGUCUGAGAUACGAGCAGAAUCAGCCACAUUAGUGGUUGCCGGUACGUUUAUUCACUGUUAA